AUGCCAGGUGAAGUGAUCGAUCGCCCUAACCCGGCUCCGCUGGACAGUCAUCUUCCAGAUGUAGCUCUGGAAUUGGCACUCAAGGCGCCCAAGAAGCAGUUGGACAAGAAGAUCGCCCAAUCGCUCAAUGAUUUCCAGCAUGCGGCAUGCUAUAUUGCAGGGUCCAUGAUCUUCCUCAAAGACAACGUCUUACUUGAGAGGGACUUGAAGGCAGAAGAUAUCAAGCCACGAUUAUUGGGCCACUGGGGAACAUGUCCAGGCAUUAUCCUCGUCUGGUCGCAUCUCAACCUCCUCAUCCGCAAUCAUGAUCUGGAAGUGAUCUUUGUGAUCGGACCCGGCCAUGGUGCUCCCGCUGCUUUGGCCUCACUAUGGUUGGAGGGAUCUCUCGAGCGAUUCUUCCCUCAGAAGUAUGGAGUUAGCAAGGAUGGCCUGCGAAAUCUUAUUACCGGUUUUUCGGUUCCUGGAGGGUUCCCUAGUCACAUCAACUCCGAAACUCCGGGUUCUAUCCAUGAGGGUGGUGAGCUAGGCUACUCCCUAGCUGUUUCAUUUGGUGCCGUCAUGGACAACCCAGACUUGAUUGUCACUUGCCUGGUUGGAGAUGGUGAAGCCGAGAGUGGUCCCACCGCAGCUGCUUGGCACUCCAUCAAGUACAUUGAUCCCGCCGAGUCUGGAGCCGUUAUUCCCAUUCUGCAUGUGAAUGGCUUCAAAAUCAGCGAGAGAACCAUUUAUGGAUGCAUGGACAACAAGGAACUAUCCAGUUUGUUCGCCGGCUAUGGAUACCAGCCAACAAUCGUGGAGACUCUUGAAGAGAUCGACAACGAGCUUUCUGGUGCUUUGGAGUGGGCUGUUAGUGAGAUCAAGAAGAUCCAAAAGGCAGCUCGGGAUGGAAAGCCCAUUAUUAAGCCACGAUGGCCCAUGAUUGUUCUUCGAACACCCAAGGGUUGGACAGGUCCCAAGAAGGUGGAUGGCGAGUUCAUUGAGGGAUCUUUCCACUCCCAUCAGAUCCCUGUCCCCAACGCCAGCAAGGACGAAGAGCACCUCAAGAUUCUUCAAGACUGGCUUGAGACCUACGAUACAGCUCACUUGCUCAAGGACGGAAAGCCUGCUGACAGUAUCUUGGAGAUCAUUCCUCAGAAGGAUGAAAAGCGACUUGGACAGCUCAAGAAAACAUACGAUCCUUACCAGCAGCUGCAGGUUCCCGACUGGAAGACUUUUGCAGUGGAGAAGGCUUCGCAAAAUAGCUGCAUGAAGCAAACUGGCGAUUUCCUGAACCAGGUCAUCAAGGAGAACCCCAAGAGCUUCCGUAUCUUCUCUCCCGAUGAACUGGAAAGCAACAAGCUCAGUGCAGUCUUUGAGAACACAGGCCGGAACUUCCAGUGGGAUGAGUUCUCUCGCGCCCAGGGCGGCAGAGUCAUUGAGAUACUCAACCAGGGCUACACUCUCACCGGCCGUACUGCUCUCUUCCCCAGUUAUGAGUCUUUCCUCGGCAUCAUCCAUACAAUGAUGGUGCAAUACUCUAAAUUCAACAAGAUCGCGCGCGAGACCAACUGGCGAGGUGAUCUCAGCUCAAUUAACUACAUCGAAACUAGCACUUGGGCUCGUCAAGAACAUAACGGCUUCUCUCACCAGAACCCAUCAUUCAUCGGCUCUGUUCUCAACCUGAAGGCUGAGGCGGCACGCGUGUAUCUCCCUCCCGAUGCCAACUGCUUCCUUAGCACCAUCCACCAUUGCCUGAAAUCCAAGAACUACGUCAACCUUAUGAUCGGCUCAAAACAACCCACUGGAGUCUUCUUGUCGCCUGAUGAGGCUGCCGAGCAUUGCCGAAAGGGUGCGAGCAUCUGGGAGUUUGCCUCCAUUGACAGUGGCAAGGAGCCCGAUGUUGUGAUCGCUGGUAUUGGUGUUGAGGUUACCUUCGAGGUUGUCAAGGCUGCUGAAAUUCUUCGCGCCUGGAUCCCUGAGCUUCGAGUCCGUGUCGUCAACGUCACUGAUCUCAUGGUUUUGGCCGCCGAAACCCGUCACCCACACGCACUCAGCCGAGCUGACUUCCUUGAUAUGUUCACGGAAGACAAGGCUGUGUGCUUCAACUACCACGGAUACGCCGCUGAGCUCCAGGGUCUUCUCUUUGGACGCCCUGGUCUGCACCGCAUGACAGUUGAGGGAUACAAGGAGGAGGGUAGCACUACCACGCCAUUCGACAUGAUGCUCCUCAACUGGGUCAGCCGAUUCGACGUCGCCAAGCGUGCGCUCAAGGGUGCUGCUGAGACAAACGAUAAGAUCAAGGCCAAGCUUGACGAGACACUCAAGAAGAUUGACGACAGAGUUGCAGAGGUCAAGAAGUACAUUCAGGACGAGGGCAGGGAUCCUGAGGACUUGUAUGAUAUGCCCAAGUUUUAA